AUGGCCGCGACGCCGCAACAAGCGGCGACGCAACGCGGUGGAAACGAAGGCAAAUCGGUGCUUGUACGCGGAGACGCGAUCUACGCGUGCAUCGUCAAGCACGUAUUACCAGUCGCCCGCAGAACGUACACGCAUCGUGAGUCGGGCAUCAACUGGAUGGACGUCUCCGCGGCUGUCAGCGCGCAUGUCGACGCGUUGCUGACCGCAGAGCCACCGCUGAGUAAAACGGACCGCGAAUUACUAUCUGCAGCUCACUAUGCAUGGCAGUGGACGUGCCCGGAGAAUCCCGAUGUCUGCGCGUCGUCGACGCUAAGCAAGCACGCCUUGAUGAGCUUCAACCUCACAAAGACCCUCGCGCGUCCCGCGGAAGCGUAUCCCCAGAACCGCGCGGACCAGCGCUCGCGGAAAGCGUUGCGUGAGACAUCGCAACGCGGUGCUGUGGCUGCAAUGCGUGCGACUGACUCCGCGCAAAAGCGAAGGCGUGAACAAGAUGAACUUCGGACGUCCCUUCUCAAGAAGAAGACUCAAGUUUUAGCGCUGCUCGAGGAGGAGCUGCUGGCCAUGCGAGCAGAGCGACUGCGCGAAUCUAACCCAUCCGACGACCAUCGUGUGGGACUCAUCGCAUCCGGUGCGACCGAUUCCCAUGCACGCGCGGGUGGACUCACGUUUGCCGAACGCCUCGAACGCACAGAUGAGGAAGAAGCAUCGAACGAAAACGCUGACGAGUGCGCGACCGACGUGGCGCGCGCAACGGAACCUGCGAUGUCACCGGCACAGGAAAACGUUCCGCCGAACGACUCUCACGGGCGCGACGCGCAGACUACGGCGUGCCAGGUACCAGUCACUACCACUCAGGACGAAGCAUGUGUGCCAUCUACUGAUGUCACGCCCGCGUGUACGCCGCGACGAUCGGCUCGCGCAUCGAAGCCCAAUCUGCGUUUGCAACGUGUGUAA